GUAUCAUUCAGAAACAAUUAUUGACCAUCACUGUCGAAAUAAAGAAUGCAGGACAUUGUUCACAUAUAUAUGUAGAACGGAGGCUAUUUAAAAAAAUGGGUCAAAUGCAAAAAAGGAGACUCGCGUUCGAAAGAGAAUGGGUCAUGGACAUGUCCCAGUGAGAUACUUUAAACAGAGAAAUAAAAUAAAUAAGCAAAAUAAAUAGAAUAAGAAAGCAAAUAAAAAAUGAAAUUUUUCUUAUCUAACAUUCCAAUAAUGUAUCACAUUACAAUUUACAAAAUAAAAAAUAGACUACAAAACCUUUUGUAAAAAAAUAAAAUAUGUAAUUGAAAAUUAAGAAUAGUACAGGUAUUUCCCAGAUAUUUUAUAUAUAGUAUAAAAUUCGUUUCUAUUAAGAUUAACAAGUAAAGACAUGAUUAUUAUAUGAAAGACGUAUUAGUGGAAGAAUGACUUGAAAUGAGGUGAUGUACUCUAUAAUACCACUGGGUGCUACGAAAAUUUUAUGUAACAGUGGGGUAUGUUCAACAGAAGUAUCAUUCUUGGCUCAAGAUGAUAUUAAUCUCAAAGCUAUUUCCACACGGGAUACAUAUAGGUGAAGCACAGUGACCUUUAAACUUAUGUGUCAAGUUCUCAUCAUCCAGUUAGAAAAAAAAGAAAAGAUAUGACUGCUAUUGAAAAGGAAUAUAGAAUAGUACCACUUCAUAAAAGACCAGACCUAAUUCCAGACUGUUGUACAUUACUGAAUUCUGAAUGGCCAAGAAGUGAAACUGCACGGUUAAAAUUUCUGAAUGUAUCAUGCGAUGAAUUCCCCACAUGUCUUAUACUAAUAGACAAAGAGGACAGAAUCCUUGGUCAUUGUAAAAUAUCUUUAAUACCUCGAUCACGUCAUAGUUGCUUUAUGCAAUCAGUGAUAAUUGACUCCCAGCAUAGAUCUCAGGGUUUAGGAUCUAGACUACUACGUGGAGCUGAGGAACAUGUAGCAAAGAAAGGAAUUAAAAAAGUAUAUUUAAUAACUAAAGGCCAAGAACUUUUUUACCUAAAAAAUGGAUAUAAAACUUGUGAUCCAUUUAAAGCAUCAGGCAUUAAUGAUGUUGUAUAUUCUAGUGUAGCAUUUACUAAAGCAAAGCUUAAAGAAAAAAGUACACAAUAUUGUGGUCCACCACCACCUCCAAUGCCAAACUUUCAGAUGCCAAAGUUCUAUGAUCUAGGUAUCUUAACACACAGAACACAUAUGGUAAAAAGAUUAUCAUCACAGUAACAGUUUUAUUUUUUUCAAGAUUCUUUUAUAUUCCACAAAUGUAUAUUAUUUAUUUAUUUAUCUAAAAAAUUAUUUUUUUAAUUGCUUUUAAAUACAGAAACACUUCUCAUGCACACAUCCUCAUAUUUUACAAAAAAUUAUAACCAUUCCAAUAGAUAUUUAAAAUCACAAAUAUUUUUCAAUAGCUGCAUACUUCCAAUGUAAUACAUUUUGUACAAAUUAGAAGAUGCCUUUUCAUAUUACCUAUUUAUUUUUUUAUAUGAUUAAAGGCUGAAAAUAUUCUCCAAAAUAUUUUUUAAUUCUGACCACAUUACAAAAUGUACUUUUUGUUAUAUUAUGCAAUGUUAGCAAUACCACAAACUUUUUGAUAAUGUUCUGGUUGUUGAAGACUUUCAAUAAGAAAAUCUCCUAAAUCAUGUUUGGAAAUAGUCCGACCAGGAGACUCAUCAUGCUUUACUACAUAUUUUGAUCUUUGUACAUCUGCAAAUAGACAAAAUAUAUGUACAAACGAUUGUCUAUAA